AUGGAACUUUUGAAAUAGAAAGGGCAUUUAUUUCUUUAAAUUUUUUGCCGAAGAGAGAACUUAGCGUCCUUAGAAUGUAUAGAUGAAAUUAGGAACUUAAUAAUGAUCUAAUAUUCUUUUAAUUGUUAAAAAUUGGAAUCAUUACUCAAUAUUCUUGAAGAGUCAAAGCUUGUUUUCCAAAUACCGAUUCUAAGAAGGCUGAAACGUUCUAAUAAGCAAGGUUAAGCCCAUGAAAAAGAUCAUUUGCAGAAGCAAGGAAAAUAAAGAGCAACUUCUCAGUAAUUAUUAAGCUUCUAAAUCAAUACUUUAGACAGUAAAACUUGUUUUAGUUUAUAUCUACGGCAAAGUAACACCAUUAAUAAUGAAGGAAGAAAAAAUGAAUAGAUUUUACAACCCUGUUCUGUUCUAUCAUGAAGUUUAAAAAAAGGGGAUAAUAUCAAUGAG